AUUGUGGUCCUCGUGUUUUCGCUAUCCUGCAAUGCCUCUAGACGGACAUGAGUACCUGGUUGCGCAAGGCUGGAAGGGAAAAGGCACAGCUCUACGGGAAGGAGCAAUAAGUCGACCCAUCGCCGUCACGCAGAAGAAAAACCUUGGUGGUGUGGGCAAGGACAGGGACGAGGCCUUCCCGUUCUGGGACCAUUUGUUUGCGGCUGCGGCGUCUGCCAUAACCUUGAAGGUGGACGACUCGGAUGAGGAUGCAGAUGACUCCUAUAAAGCAGGACAAUCUACACCACUCGAGUUUACGCGAACGAGCACCGGCAUCCUUUCAAACCGACGUCCAGUAUCGGGCACGCCGGCUUCCGCCUCCCUCGCCACCUCUGGCACAUCGACUCCAGAUGCGCAUCCCGAUACACCCCGGAUGAGCCUCAUGGCGACCGCCAAGCGCGAGGCUGCCAAGAGGGGACUCUACUCGAGAUUUUUCCGCGGGCCGGUGUUGGGGCCGGAGACCGCGAUGGAACCGACGAUGCAAGUCGAGCAGGAGAAGCCGAUCGCGAUGGAUGUGGAGAUGGAUCACAGCACGACGGUCAUAGGACACGCGAAGGAGCCUGUGGCGAAGGAGCAGGGGCCUGACGAGGCGAAGCGGAAGAAGCGGAAGAGAGGCGGUGAAGACGGGAGUGGAAAUGUUAGCGGAUCGAAUGAGGUGGUGGAAUCGUCGGAGGGGAGAGAAUGGAGACGAGAGGAGAAACCGUUGGGAAAGGAUCAGAAGAAGGACGAGAAGGCAAGGCGGAAGGAAGAGAAACGGAGGAAGAAGGAGGCGAAGGCGCGCGCUAGCGCGCACGACGACGCUGAAACAGAGGAUACCACCACACAGUCGAUCCCUACCACCGCAGGGAGUAGAAUCGGAGCAAGGGAAAACCAGGUUACGAGGGCGAAGGCGGCGAAAAGACGCAAACGAAAUGAUGCAGGAAAGACGGCGACGGAUGAACGGACGGAGAAGGAGAAAGAGGAGAAACCAUCAGAGAAGGGAAGGGUGGAGACGGAUGACGACGAAAAAGAGGAUCAGUUCGAGGCGAAGCGCGCGGAGAAGAACAGACGACGAGCAGAACGUGCAGCAAGGAAGGAAGUCAAGGCUGCUGCAAGAAAGGCCACGGAGGAGGAAAACCGCGCAGCACCAAAGCCAAAAAAGAAACGGAAGGUUGAAUGA